AUGACCUGCAUAGAACCAGAUAUCAUCAAGAUCACGUACACAAUCUCCAUCUACACAGCUGCUCAGAUGAAGAAAGAAGCUGGCAAGCGUGGCACUGCGAAGAACACUUUCCUGCAGCUCGAGUCUACGGAGCCCUGGGAUACAGUCAAGGCCCAGCUCCUUGUGAAAAUUGACGGCAUCUUGAAACCGACAACCAUUGAUUUUGACGACUACACUUUCAGCUUUUCAGUGCCCCGAGUCCACACGAAGCCGACUGAGCUCACCAAUGAGGAUUCUUACAAGUUUAUGGUUGAGCGCGCUUCCAAAGGCAAGGACCCCACCGUGAACCUUACCAUAGAGCCCAAGCCACAGUCUAAAAAGCACCGUCAUGAGGAUGACUCCGAUAAGGAAAACAACACAGACAGCAGCAGCGACAGUGAUUCAGACGGCGGAAAGAAGAAGAAAAAGAAAAAGCAGCAGAAGGAUGGCAAGAAGAAGAAACUGGAUCCGAAGGACCUCCCCGGAAAUGCAGCCGUCUCACGUGAGAUUGGCGCUCUAUGGGAGAAGUGGAUGUGCAACGCUGCUGGGUGUGAGAACAAAGGCUUGCACUGCUACAUCAAUCCCGUCGACGGUGCCCAUUUCGCUCUCGGUCAUGACCAUUUCAGAAUAUGGGCUUCGGCCAUUCAACAAGGUCCUGAUCGCGCAACACAAACCAGGCCACCUCUUCACCACAAGUUCGACGCUGUGAAUGCUGCAAGGCCUGGUGGCGAGGAGGCAUCGCAGACGUCAUUACUACAGCGACGUGCAGCUGCUCAAAAGGCCUUGGCAGCUCUUCCUACGUCCCCGAACAUCCAUAUUCAUGUCCCUGACAUGUCGAAGCUGUUUCAGCCAGCUGCUGCUGCUGCUGCCGCCACUCCACUUGCACCUGCCGCUGCCCCACUUGCACCUGCUUUGCCCAUCAUUCAAACUAUAUCCGAUAACCCUCUCCUCGUUCCUGCGCAUGCCGCGGCUCAACCUGCUAUACCACUCAAUGAGUUUGCGCUUUGUUUUGAAUUUUCCGAUAACAUCCGCAACACGCUUCAAGGUGAAGGAUUCACAAGCUCGAACCAACUUCGUUUGAUUUCUCUGCAGGAACUGCGUGACAUGGGCCUGAAACACGGCGAGAUAGCCGUCUUACAGGAGGCCGCAGGUAUUCAUUAG